AUGCCAGCUGUGCCCAGGAGGAGGAGGAGGAGGAUGAGGAGGAUGAGGAGAAGGAGGACAAGGAGGAGGAGCAGGAGGAGAGGGAGGGGGAGGGAGGAGGAGGAGAAGGAGGAGGACAAGGAGGAGGAGAAGGAGGAGAAGGGGAAAGAGGAGGAGAGGGAGGAAGAGAGGGAGGAGAAGGAGGAGAAGGGGAAAGAGGAGGAGAGGGAGGAAGAGAGGGAGGAGAAGGAGGAGGGGGGGAGGGGAGGUCUGUAG